GUACCUCCAUCCCAAAGCAGCAAGAAGCGGCAGACUCCGAACCAGCCUGAGACCCUUCACACCUCACCAUGCUCUGCUUUAUGCUAUUAACGCUGUUCGCUGUGGUGUCAGCAGACCGGCAGCCCCGCAGCUGCGGCACCUGCGACCCGAGUAAGUGUGCGCCGCUGCCGGCCGACGGCUGCUCCUCCGGGACGCUGCUGGACGCGUGCGGCUGCUGCGAGCUCUGCGCGUCUGGUGUUGGAGAGCCGUGCGGGGGACGCGGAGUCUCACUCAAGCGAUGCGCGUCCGGACUCGAGUGCGUCAAGAACGACAAAGACAAGAAAAGCAAAUCAGGGGUCUGCAUUUGCAAAAGCAACUAUCCCGUAUGCGGCACUGACGGCGUGAACUAUAACAGCGGCUGUGAGCUGAAAGCAGCAAGUGUGAAAGCGGUGAAGGAGGAAAAACCCGAGAUUAAGAUUCGGAACAAGGGAAAAUGUGCUCAAGCACCAGUUAUUGUAACAGCUCCAGGAGAGGUAUGGAACGUGACCGGCUCGCAGGUCUUCCUAAGCUGUGAGGCCACAGGGAUACCAACACCUGUACUCACCUGGAGAAGGGUAUCUAACAGCAAAGACAAGACUCUUCCACUCCCUGGAGACAAAGACAACCUUGCCGUCCAGACCCGCGGAGGCCCGGAAAAGCAUGAGGCCACUGGCUGGGUGCUAAUAUCUCCACUUACCAAGGAUGAGGACGGCUCCUACGAGUGUCACGCUAGCAACAUUCAGGGCGAAGCCUCGGCCGUGGGCACCAUUCACGUGGUGGACUCCAUCAAUGACAUUCCUCCCAAAAAGGUGACAGAGAGCGAGCUGUAAGAGGAUGUGGACUCAGAGAUGUAAACAAAAAAAAAAAAAAAAAAAAAAAAAAAAACUACGCCUGUGCACUGAUAACAAGCAUCUAGCCCAAUCACUGCUCACCGCUUGAACCACAAACAGCAACUCGCACAUGGACACUUUAUACCACAGAUGUUGUUUAAAGACACAAAAAUUCAGACCCUGACAUUUCUCCAUUCACACACUUUACUUCGGUCUACAUCAUGUCUGCAUGCAAACAAACUUCGAUAUUGUAAAGCGCCAACCGGGACGACCAUCAGAUUGAUUUUUGAAGAGAUACACAAGAAUGCAAACAUUCAGGCACGCGCAACUCAUACAGCACAUCAUAUCGUAUUCAAACGCGCAUUCAUGUGAAGGCACUCAAAUAGCUCGUCUCCACUUAUAUGCAUGUUUUGCUUCUCUUUGUUAUUAUUUCAAGAUGUUUUUGAACAUACAAAUUGUACUCAUUCCUAUAGUUCUUUUCUUCUGGUUGACGUUUGUGGUGCUGAAAAACAAUUUUGAGCGUCAACAGUUUCUGCACAAUUUGUAAGACUUUUAGAUGCUGUUCCUCCAAGGUUCAGUUAAAACAGCUUUAAGACUACUUAAAUCAGGGUUUCUCAAAUGUUUUACGAGCCAGAAAUCAUACUUAUUUCAUUUUAUCUAACUAGAUUUUAUUAAAAUUAAAAUAAUAAACCAAUUACCAAUUAAAAUGUACCUUUUUUUAUAUAUAUACCUUUUUUACUUACUUGAGACCAACUUUGGUCCUACUUUUGGUUCUCUGAGCUAAAUAUAGCAAAAACUGACGUGAAAGAAAGUUAAUACCAUGAAAAUUUCACUAAACAAGUCACAACUUCUCUAGUUAAGUAGAGGAUUUAGUUAAAUUUGUUUGGGUGUUAAGAAUGAAUACUUCCCGUUGGUUCCUAAAUUACAGUAAAAUUACAUGUUGUCCUCUAAAAGUCUGAGCAUCUAAUGCAUCUGUUUAUAUGUUUUGAUAUUUGUAUAACACUAAUGAAUAAAGAUCUGCUUAAAGAGGGA